UAUGACAUGUUGCUGUCGGACGGGCGACGGCGAAUGCCGGUUCUUCAGAUACAUAACCACACGAUUCGUUCAAUGGUCUGCUACUGAAAAAUCAUUUGAAUAUGAGUAAAACAUGUAACAAAACAGCGAAAAAAUUGAAUCUUAAGAUUCUCAUGAAAACUGAAAAAAAUGUUAAAUCUGACUUGACACUGGAUGCCCCUGUUGUUAAGAAAGUACAAUCGUUGGAUGUUGAUUCUUUAAAAACAACACCCGGACUAAUAGAGCAAUUAAAAGAUGCACCUUCUACUCAAUGGGAAAUAGAUAUUAGUUCUUGCAGACUUCCUUAUUCUUUUUACAAUGUUCCUUGUCAAAUAUUAGCAAAAAAUUUACUUGGUAAGGUAUUAGUUAGAAAACUAGAGAAUGGAGCAAUUUUGAAAGGGAAAAUUGUUGAAACUGAAGGUUACUUGGGGUUAGAAGAUAAAGCAUCUCAUACUUAUCAGGGUAAAGUUACACCAAGAAAUAUUCCAAUGUAUAUGGCUCCUGGAACAAUAUAUGUUUAUUUUACAUACGGAAUGUACCACUGCUUCAACAUAUCUAGUCAAGAGGAAGGAAGUGCAGUCCUUAUAAGAGCUCUUGAGCCUCUUGAAGGUAUUGAAUUGAUGAGAGAGCAUCGCAGUUGUAAACCAUAUGCCAAAGUCCAGAAAAAAUUGUCAAAGGAAUUAAAAGAGCAUGAAUUGUGUAAUGGCCCAUCAAAAGUUUGUAUGGCAAUGAAAUUAGAAAAAAAACAUAGCAAAUAUUCCUUGUGUGAUUGGAAAGAACUUUGGAUAGAAGAAGAUCCUACACAAGAGGAAGUAAAAAAAAUAAUUGAAUGCAAAAGAAUUGGAAUUGAUAAAGUUGGACAAGAAUGGGCUGAUAAACCUUUACGAUAUUACAUAUACGAUCAUAAAUGUGUUAGCAAAAAAGAUAAACUAGCUGAAUCUAUUCAGUUUCCUUAAUAAAAAAAUAAAAAUUAUUCUAUUGAGAUAUAUGAGAUUAUAGUAAGUUAAUAAGUUAUAAUAAUGUUGUUUUUUACUAUUAUUAUUAUUUUUUUUAAUAAUAAA